AUGGCCGAACGACUCCCAGGGGAACUGAGCGAGCUGCUCAAGGACAUCAGGGCAGCACUCGACCGUCUCGACGCAGGCCAACUCACCCAGCUCAAGACACACACACAAACCACCGGCGACUUCAACGCGAUCACCAGCGAGAUCAAGCAGGAACUCAGCCGGAUCGACAGCCAGCUCGACGAGCUCGAGCUGCUCGCAGAUGAAGCCGAGGAUGAGGCGAGCAGAACGCACGCACUCGCGAUCGUAGAGGACCAUCGAAACCAGGCCACCAGGCUCAGAGGCUCUUUCCGGGCGAUCUCCCUGGACGUCAAACGGGCCCUCUCGAACAGCACCCUCGAGUCAGCACGCGCCGAGCUGCUCAGCGGGGCAACGCCCAAGGCUGCCAGAUCAUCUAACACGCAGGACGCGCUCAUCUCCGCCUCUUCCGAUGUCACCCAAUCACUCCGGAACACGCUCGAGAUCAUGCGCCAGGAACUCGAUCGCUCAGUGAUGUCCACCCACUUGCUAGAACAACAAACCGCCACGCUCCAGCUGACCUCGGACCAGUACUUGAGUUUCGGCGAGCUGAUGAAGACCUCCCGGGCGCUGAUCAGCAGCCUGCAGCGGGCCGAUCUGCUCGACAGGAUCCUGCUCACCGGCGCCUUGGCCUUCUUCGUCCUGGUCUGUCUCUACAUCAUCAAGAAGCGCAUCCUCGACCGGGGCGUCUCGUUGCUCUCCACCCUCCUCUCCCCCCUCAGCCGGACGACGGCCAAGAUCAUCAGCACCAACGAGCAGGCCGCUGUCGCCCUCAGCUCGACCGGCCAACAGGACGAGCUCGUGAGUGCUGCAGCGGCAGCGGCCGCCGCCGCUGCCACCGCUUCCGCAGUCGCUUUCCUCCCCAGCCUCGCAUCCCCCGAUUUACCCCCUCCCGUCAUCGAACCUCCGCUCACAUCCACCCCCGCCAAUCCAUCUGUCCCCGAAAUACCAGAAAUCGAACUGCUUCAUGAAGAACUUUAA